GUAGUGUUAUGUUUUAGGCAUGCAGAACUUAUACCUACGUAUACAUUUGCGCAAAAUGUUGCAGUUACAGUGUGUACUGCGCCGCCCGUCAACUAAGGAGACGUAAAUCAGGAUGGUCCGCUUAAAGAACAGAUACCUGCUUUUGGAGAUUUCAUGGAAGGACGGCAAGCUAGACGAGAGCUACAACGACAAUGUUUUGCUCCAAGCGCUGCGAGACAGCGUCGCCCUAAACUUUGGUGACUUUGGGCUGGGCAGCAAUCUCUCCAGCCUGCAAGUUAAAUACUACAGUCCCUACACGGACGUUGGGAUUGUGCGGUGUGCCACUGCGGAGCAUGAGCGGGUGGUGGCGGCGCUGGCACUCAUGACGGACGUACGACAGCGCCCCGCGGCGGUGAGGGUCCUCCGCGUCGCAGGCACCCUAGCUACAUGCAAGGAAGCGGCGGUGGCCCGAAGUGCGGAAAAGCUGCUGCGGACGCGGCUGGGUCGGCAGCACCAGGCAAAUGCGGAGCAGCUGCACCAACAGGUUUCAGCUCUGGAGCUGUAGCCAGCUGUCGUCCUCGGCAGAGCCAGCCGGGAUGGAUGUGGCGGAUGUGCACGUGUGGAAGGGGACUUACCGGCAGCGCCGGAGCAGCAGCAAGAGGAGCGGCCCGCCCGUCCUAAACCCGGCCAGCGACGUUGGUUCAGUCCUCUGAUGGCAUUGAUGAGGCGGGUUUGCGCAAGAUGGGGUCGCUGCAAAGAGAGGAGCAGAGGUGGCCUGCGGCUGGUAGGUUUGAGUAUUCGGUUUACGGUGAUGUGGAGUAGGGAGUUAGCGGUGUGGAAGGGCUGAGACAGUAGAGAAGAGCGCAGUGCUCGAGGGCACCGUUAGACGCCGCGAUUGCAGGGAAAGCAGUGCAAUACGGUAGACGUAGCACAUAGGACUAGGUGCUUAGUUACUUUUAUUAAAGCAGUAUAUAGCUGUAUGCGGGUGACUGUGAUGUUUUUAUUGGGCAGGGUUGGGCGGUAUUAUUGCUUGGAACGCACAACCACGAAGGUCUACUGUGUGUCGCAAUCAUACAAUGGCAUAGCACUUAUUGUAGGGAUUCUCCCAGUGCUAGGAUUUCGCCCAUAGAAAGGAGGCCUGGCAAUCUGCGAACCCGUACCGUUAUCCCAGACGACCCGACGACCCAGGACGGAUGGAUUGGCGAUGCAAGCCAUACGUGCGCCUCGGGCAGUAUACCUAUGCCAAGUUCGCCUGGACAUUUGACUGUGACGCAGCCCAUGGCGACGUCGAUGUGGUACGUCCGGUUGGAGUUCUUAAAUGCUUGGGCUCCCUUGGAAAACCAAAGGCG